GAACUUUAUCCUUUUUUCCUAUCUCCGACCACGAGCUCAUCUCCAUUCCAUCUCUCGACGGCCAAAGUGCGAUCAUACGACAGGUGCACCAUUCUUUGCAUCGUAUGCUCAGAAUGUUCAACGGCGCCAGUAGUGCUACGACGGCACAACUGACCAUGGACGAUGGCACGGACAACGAGAUGCAAACCAGGCUCAGCUUGAUAACCAAAAUUCGGAAGGAGCUUGAUUUCAAGAGACGAACAGGCUUUUUCGGCAUCUAUAGAGCAGGCUUUUGGAGUCUUCUUAUGGUACUUGAUAUCAGUCUGCUUCAGGACCUCUUGCACAAACUACAAACCCUUCGGCCCCUUCCAAUGAAGGAGAAGAGAGAAUACAUACGACAUCUCGAGCAUCUCACAUACGCUUUUCCGCGAUUCAUCAGACUAUUUCUUAGUCAGUGGGUUCCUGACGAUAGAUCUAGCACCAUGACGACUGAAGCACAUUCUCAAUUCGAAAUCGAACAAACAAAAGCACGGGGUCGCGAUAGGGGUCUUUGCAUUGCUACUGGUGUUGCAGACCCGGAAAUCUGUUACAUCGUUGCUCCAAUUAUUUGCCCUCCUGAAAGUCUGCUCCUACUGGUCACCAUCGUACAAUCUGCAGAAGUGAUCGGAUGGGAUGAAGACUUUUGCUCCAGGAUCAAAACAAAGCUUUCGGCAAGGCACAAGGGCAUUACAACCCUGAUGACGAACAUGCUGUGUCUAAGCCGUCAGCUAGAGCCCAGCUGGUCCGAAGGGCUCUUCGCCUUGGAGCCCCUUGAAUCACUCGACGACGACUCAUCACUGGCCAUAAUUCGACUAAGGGUUCAUUGGCUGAAACGUACUAGGAUUGCGUCUAUGGCUAGCAGGAUUGCAAAAUCCUUCUCCACAGACCCCCGCGAUGUUUUUCUCGAAGAGGAAUGGAGCCAGGUCAACUCCCGCCCGAUCAAAGAUGGAUCUGUCAUUGAGAUCUCGGCUGAGAGCCAGGAUCAGCUCCCAGAUCGAGACUUGCUUCGCCUGAGGUGGCUUCUGAUGAGGCUCCAUGCUUUAUCUGGGGCGCCGGACCCCCGUAUAUACCCUCAUGGCCAUGGUGAAAUUGGUGACAUGAUGGCAGUAGGGGGGAUAUACGAUGACGACCACUCGGAAUAUUAUGAAGAAGAGGAUUCUAUGUAACGUGAUCAUCGACAAAGAAAGCGCUCAUUUCUAGUGGCA